AAAUGGCGUUGGCGAAUGAAUUCUCAGUCAGUUCGAGCUUUAUUACAGAUGAAUAUAAUGGGAACUGGAGCUGUGCAGCUCCUUUUUAUAGCCCUGGUUUUCCUGAAGGUACAGGGCCAACCACAUUUACUAGAUCCCCAGUGCGUUACAGCCAGAUCUGAGCCGGGACUAUAUCGUGUGAUCAAUGGCAAACCAGCGGACUUGUUGUCCAAUCCCUGGAUGGUGAUAAUCAUCGAGCGCGGGAUGAUGAAAUGCGGAGGAUCGCUCAUCACGCCACGAUACGUUCUGACGGCUGCCCAUUGCAAAAGCGAAACCAAAAGUCAAUUGACAGUGCGUUUGGGUGAUUACGACGUGAAUCAGGCCCUCGACUGCUCCAGUUAUGGCUGCAUACCACGGCCCAAGGAAAUCAAUGUUACCAGAACUUUUGUGCCCAAUCAUUACAUCAACUUCCGAAAGAAUGACAUAGCUCUGCUCAGACUAGAGACGGCAGUGCAGUAUGGAGAAAACAUUAGAUCGAUCUGUUUGCUAAUGGGAGACUACACCUGGUCGUCGAACUUACUGAAAAACCUGUCUAAGUUCAACACCACCGGAUGGGGACGCACGGAAUCCCGCAUAAACAGUCCCGUCCUGCAGCAAGCAUCCUUGACGCACCACCAUCUCAGCUACUGUGCCCAAGUUUUUGGCAAACAACUGGACAACACCCAUAUCUGUGUAGCCAGCAGCACUGGUUCCACUUGCCAGGGUGAUUCGGGUGGACCGCUAACGGCGAGGGUACGGCUUGGGUCCGAAAGAAGGGUGAUACUCUUCGGGGUGGUCAGUUAUGGAGCAGCUCACUGCUUUGGCCCCACUGUCUACACAAACGUCAAUCACUUUGCGAAUUGGAUCGAGUUUCAUACCAAGCAAAAUUAAUAAGAAUCUAACGAAUGUAUGAUGCUUUGAACCUUAAUAAACCGCAUAUCUCUGAAACCUUGUA